GAUUUACGUGAAUGUUUAAAGGAACGCAAAACCAAACAUUCAUCGCCAUUGUUUGAAAAUCAUACCAACAGUCGAGUCCCUUCUUAAAUCUCAGAGGAAUCUAAUGGACAAGUUCGUAUCAAGGAAGGCCUCGUUCAGCUCAGGCUGGCAACUGCUCCACAGGAGAGGUGAUCUGUUCACCUGUCCACCCACCGAUGCCCUGGCGCACUGCAUCAGUGAGGACUGCCGGAUGGGAGCCGGGAUCGCUGUACUCUUCAAGAAGCACUUUAAGGGAGUUGAAGAGCUCAAGGCACAGAAGAGGCAACCUGGGCAGUGUGCUGUUCUUGAACGAUCUGGUCGUUUUGUGUACUACCUGGUCACAAAGAAGUACUAUUACCAAAAGCCCACAAGUGAGAGUCUCCGAAAGAGCCUCAUGUCUAUGAAGGAACACUGCUUAGCUAAUGGCGUCAACCGAGUAUCCAUGCCUCGUAUUGGCUGUGGUCUGGAUAAAAUGCAUUGGGAAAAUGUGUCUUCCAUCAUCACAGAAGUCUUCCAGGACACUAAAAUCUCCAUCACAGUGUACACAAUCUAGACCCCAGUAGGUCUAAAACUCAGGGUAUUUCUUUUCUGUUCUUACAGAAUGGUCAGGGGGUUGCUUUUUGUUCCCAUGGAAUUUCACAACUUAAUACUUAUUGUAUGUAGGGUGUUCGAUUAUCUUCUGGGGAAAUGAAAGCUCUUAAAAUGUUUGAAAUCAUACAGACUGUUCCUGUUAUAUACUCUUAAUAUUCUGCAACUGAUGUUUUGUCACCACUAGAGGGCGAUGUUGCAUAGGUAUAGUUCAAUCUCAGAGAUUAUUUGAUAAGUGACGCUUUCAGUAAUCAGUAAGUGUAUGAAAAAUAGAAGUGCACUAAAUGAGCUAUAAAAAAAUAAUUUCAUCAUUCUUUUGUUAUUCUCAUUCACAGAUGAUUAUGUAGUGGUCCUCAAACCUGUUUCUGUAGCUUUACCUGAAUUUGAAAUUAGCUGAAUAUCUUUUUAUAGCAGAAAAAGUAAGAGUGCUAUUUGAGUAUGUGCUUCAGAACUCAGCAUGUGUCUCGUUUUGAAGGCUGCACCCUCUGAAGGUCGCAUUAGUCAACUGCAUGCGUCAGCCAGGCUCUCUUAUUUCAGAGAAGAAAGCACCCAUUAUAACAUUGACUGUUAUUCCUCAUGAGGCAUAAUUACUGUCAUUUCUGUCUUUGGAAACAAAUGUGACCUCCUGAGGGUGUAGCCUUCAAAAUGAGACACCGCUAACAUCAUACAUAUCAUAGCGCUGUCUGCUUCUUGCUUGUGACAGGAAACCGUCUCGAGUUUAUUUUAUUAACAUACAAGGAUUUGCAUACAAGGAUAUUUUUUAAAAAUCAUUUCUAAAAUACAUUUAAACAUGAUGCUUGAAGCAAUGAAAACUAUAGUUUAAUUAGAUGCACUGUGAAUUAUAUGACAAAUAAUACAUUUAAUGUUUUUUUUUUAUUAUUACAUGUUUGGCUAAUGUUUUUAUGUUAAUCAGCAAAAUAUCAAUAGGAUAGACCAUAUACUUUAGAUGUAAAUACUAUAUGGGUGUGGUUUAAAUUUAUUAUUUUAAAAUUCAAUGUCAUACAAGACGUGUAGAGCUGACAAAUGCUGCUAAAAUUGCUGGAUGAUUGUAAUAAUUUGCUCUGAAGUACCGAGGCGGUGCCCGGGCUGUAUUAAUCUUAAUCAGAGGCCAGCUGUUUAUACUGUUAAGAAUGCAGGGGUUCCACACAAUCGAUUUGUGUUGAGACAACAUGAAGGACUUAAAUUAACAUGGUAGUUUUUACAAAUUUAAGUAGAUUAAACCUAAAAGAAUUAAGUAAAAAAUCCAGAAUUGUGUUGAUUUAGCUCAUUUUAACUAAGUAGUUUGAACAAACAGCAAUUUUUGAGUCUACCCUACUUUAAAAUAUCCUGCAAUCUCUCAUCAUAAUACUCAAAGUUAUCUUGACAGUCUUCCCAGGGUGUAAAAUUAUCUUCUUCGUUCUCAACGAAAGUAGACCAGACAUACACGAAAUCCACAGGCCUCAUCAUGCGUAGUUUACACCCUGCCCUAACUAGCGCCUGAAGUCCGGCCUGUAUCUCCGGUUCCUCCCAUUCAAAGAGACGGGAGCAGUGGAUAUUAAGGCGCAGCGCCUUGCGUGCUUUCAAGAUCUCCACAAGCUUAGCAGCGCAGGCCACACAAGGGCUGGACGAUGUGUACCAAGUCACUGUAUAGCGGAGGGACUUGUCAUAAUAGGCCAGCACCUGUUGAAAGAAGGCCUCUUCGGCAUGUGAGCCUGAAUGCUCAUCCUCCAGGUAACCACGAACGCCAUCCGUCUCUGCUGCUCCACCUUGUAUGUCGACCUGGUAGCACAGGAAGGUCUUGUUGCGCCCGGACGAGUACUCCACAUUUUUAAAUUGGAACUUGAAGAAGGUUGGGUUUAUUCGGUCUCUGUGGGGAAAAAAGGAAUAUUACAUAUAAAAACAACAUAUAAAAACAAGAUAAUCACAUUGUGUUUUUGGUGCAUUUGGACUGCCAUUGGUUGCAUUCAUAUUCAGUCAAA